CACUGUAACUCAUCUCCUCGUCUCAUUCCUCUUCUUCGUCUUUGUCUCAAGCCUCGACACUCUCUCUCCCUCUCACUCUCCUUCAACACCCUCUCCACCUCCGACCGACUGUACGAGUUGAUCUCUACCGUCCUCGACACCUCCCACCCUCCAACAACUCACACUACUCUUGUCUGGAUCACCUCGACCCAAACACACCCCUCCUACUACUCAAACCGUUUGUAUCUCGACACAACACCUGUCAAGCCCUUCGUUUUCGACACCUCAACGUAAACUCAAAGCUCACCAUGUUUGUCAAGCUCGCCACUGUUCUCCCCUACCUCGCUCUCGCUGGCCUUGCCAUCGAGGCUGUGCCGGUCACCGCCUCGUCCAACUCGGUCAACCGUCACCCCCGUGACCGUCACUUCAAGCACAUCGGCCGCCAUGCCGCUCCUGCCCCCGUGACCCCCGUCGGCGCCCAGAAGAAGCGUUCCAAGCUUCACCGUCGCGCUGACGGCUCCGUCUGCCGUCCUCGCCCCAAGACUACUACCCAGCAGGUCGCGGCGGCUGCCCCUGCCCCCACCCCUGCCUCAUCGGACAACGGCAACGCUGGCUCCGACGCUGCCGCUGCCUCGCCUUCGCCCGCCGCCGACAACGGUAACAGCGGUGCCGCUCCCGCUGCUGACGCCGCCCCCUCGCCUGCCGCCGCCAGCCCCACCCCGGCUGAUGGCAACGGCGACGCCGCGCCGUCGGACGCUGCUCCCUCGCCCUCGAUCGUCAACGAGCAGGCCAACGCCAACCCUGCCCCUGCCUCGUCGUCGUCGGCUCCUGCCGCUCCUUCGCAGGCCCCUGCUCCCCCUCCUUCCAACGGCGGCGCGGGCUCGACUGGCAAGAACGCUGGCUCCAAGCUCGGUCUCGCCUGGCCCAACGGUGACUUCUGGACUCCCGACCAGCCCGACUACAUUGGCAACUAUGUUGGCUCCAAGACUUCGUGGUACUACACCUGGGCUCCUUCGAACGUCGCAUCUGGUGACAGCGUCGGCCUCGAGUUCGUUCCCAUGCUCUGGGGUGUCAAGCAGGUCGGCGACUGGAACGCUGCUCGCGGCUCUUGGCCCUCGAGCGUCAAGAACGCCCUCUUCUUCAACGAGCCCAACCAGUCGGGCCAGUCGGACAUUUCGGUCAACGACGCUCUUCAGUACUGGAUGAACGACUACCUUCCCGCCCGUACCCAGAACGGCCUCCGUCUUGGUCACGCCGGUACCACCUCGGCUCCGAACGGUCUUACCUGGGUCACCGACUUCUACAACGUCUGCACGGGCGCUGGCAACUCUGCUGCCGACUGCUCGGCCGACUUUGUUCCCGUCCACUACUACGAUGUGGACGUUGGCCACUUCCAGUCGUACCUCCAGAACUUCCACCAGGUCACCGGCAAGAACCUCUGGGUCACCGAGUACGCUUGCCAGAACUUCAACGGCGGUGCUCAGUGCUCUCAGGACCAGACCUGGGCGUUCCACCAGCAGAUUGCUGCCUGGAUGGACGGCCAGGACUGGAUUGAGCGUUACGCUCCCUUCGGCUUCAUGCGCGACAUGCAGGGUGUCAACGGCGACAACGCCCUUAUGAACAGCGGCGGUGGCAUCACCGACCUCGGCUCGUGGUACAUCAACUCGUCGUAAGCCUGGCUUCUUCCUUGGUCUCUAGGGGUUUCAUUGGUCCGCAUAGAGCAAGCAACAGCCUCGGUCAAAUCGGCAUCACGUUUUCUGAACGGACCUUGACGUCAAUACACACGCAUCUGGCAUCUGCUAGGUGUGGAUUUUUUUCUAUGCCCGCACUUUUGUUACGUUACAUUGUGUCUAUACCAUCAUCGGCGACUGUAUCUGGUAUGCAUUGCUGAGUCGCAC